AUGGCUUCGGUGGACUCAGCGCGUUCAGGGCUACCCACCGUGGAAGAGCACGAGAUCAUACACGACGACCACGUUGACGAGGACGAGGAGCACGAUGAGGACGCUGCGGCGGAGAUGGAUCCCGCCGCAAGGGCAUACCUGGAACACCAGCGCAAGGUUGACGAGUUCUUGUCCCCGCUGUCCCUAGACGAAGCUGUCCUAUACAAACUGGCCCGUCGACUGUCGAACGUAUACCGGAAGCUAGCUUUAGAAUCAGACCAGCAAUUCCUCCCCACCCCGGUCUCCAAGCUACCGAGCGGCAUGGAGACUGGCCGUUACCUAGCUAUUGAUGUUGGCGGGAGUAAUCUGCGAGUUGCUUUUAUUGAGCUACUCGGCGAUACAGCGGAUCCUGAUAUGGCUCGCACAUCCGCAUCGGAGAGGCCGCUCAAGAAGGCGCAGACGCAGCGGGUGAAGAGGACACUUGAGAAAGCAUGGCCGAUUCAGGAACACUUGAAAAUGGACAAGGCGGAGGAUCUUUUUGCGUGGAUCGGAGACUGCAUUGCAGAAGUAGUGGCCGAAAGCUUGACUUCCGAUGUGACGAAAGGUGCAGUUCCUGAAGAGCUGGAGAUGGGUAUCACCUUCAGUUUCCCGAUGAUGCAAGAAUCCCUUGCGGAGGCCACACUCAUGCCGAUGGGCAAGGGCUUCGCCAUUACUUCGGAUCUCAACCUUCGAAAGAUACUGCUUGCUGGCUACGAGAAGCAUACGAGACGUCCAGAUGACGAGGAACAACCAUCGGCAAAGCGCCGGAAACUCUUCGCCUUGCCGAAAUUGAAGAUAUCUGCCAUCACCAACGAUACAGUAGCGACGCUCGCAUCACUCGCGUACGCCGUGAAAUCUUUACCCAACAGCCGCGUCGCCAUGGGUAUCAUCGUGGGCACGGGUUGCAAUGCCACGAUACCGAUGAAACUCAGCGCCCUGCAUGAAGACAAAGUAAAGCAUGUGAGGAGAAGCGAUCCAGAUACGUCAGAAAUCAUUGUCAACACCGAAUGGACAAUAUCUGGUGUAUUACCUCCUUUCAAGGAGCUUGGCAUUGUAACUAACUGGGACACUGAGCUGGAUGCGAACAGUGCACGUCCAGGAUUUCAGCCCUUUGAGUAUAUGACGGGAGGUAGGUACAUUGGCGAACUGAUUCGGCUCAUUUUCAUGGACUUCCUGAUCAACAUCACCGGGGCGUCUAAGGAUGCGCUACCUGCAAAUCUAACCACACAAGACGCCUUGACGACAUCAUAUGUAUCCGACAAUGUUGCGCGUGCCCGCUCAGACGACGAACUCGCAGCUGAGCUGACCCGUUCUUUACCUCCAGCAAGUGAUACGUGGAAGUGGGACGCUACCUCUGCGGGUGUCUUGCGAAAGGUUGCCAGGGCUGUACAAAGACGAUCUGCAGGACUGAUAGCGGCUGCAGUUGUCGGUCUAUUAGCAUGCGCGGAGGAGAUAGAGUUAAAGUUGGACAGCCAACAAGGCUCACCACGAGAGUCGCACGCUGCUUCGCCCGUGCAUGACAGCAUCACGAGUCUAUCUCCUCAGCUCAAACCUGCAGCCUCGGCUUUGAAUGGAGUUCGGGGCCCGAUCGUCCCUAUUAUAUCGCCUACACCUUCAGACUGGCAGUCUGGCCCGGAAGAGCUUGUCGUUGCCUGUACAGGGGGUAUAAUCCAGCACUACCCCAACUUCAAAGAAAUGUGCCAGCAAACCAUCGACCGGCUAAUUAUGCGCACCGGUCCUCAAAAAAGCGGAAAGUCGGUCUUUUUGCGUGAAGCAUCGGACGGCGGCGUUAUUGGCGCUGGUGUUCUCGCAGGGAUGAUAGGGAAUCGUUGA